AAAGCCCCUUCACUUUUUGCUCCCAUCCUGAGUCCUCCUCAGUCCUCAGUCUCAAGGCUCCCCGCCUCCCCGCUGAAGGUGCUUCUCCCACUCCCUGGUUCCCUCCCGUAUCCGGCUGCUUAGUUCGAGCGGUCGGCAAUGUUUCCACGGCGUCGUCCAUCCCCUCGCCCGCCCGCGCUGAGAUCGAUGUGCCCCUGUGGGGGGGCGCCUGGCGAACGAGCCCGGCGGGCUGGCGGCGUGCUGGUGCCGCGCGGACGGCAACCUGGACCGCGCGGACCCGCCGCAUGGGGCGAUCCGUCGCCCGGGAGCCUCUGGAGCAGGCGGCGGCGGCGGAGAGCACGCCAACGUCGCCAAGCCCCUUCGCCUCGACGCCCGCGGCGUCCAUGGCGGCGCCCGGGUGCGUCCCGGCCCAGUGCAUCUCGGCCGUUGGAAGGUAACGACAGAAAGACAGAACAAUGGAGCGCGCUUCUUCCUCCUCGGCGAGCUCCUCCUCGUCCUCCGCCUCUGCGCUCUUCGCUGGCUGGUUCCCGUCCGGCAUGAAGGAAGAGGUCAUGAACGUCGUCGUCCGCGGAAUAUCUUAUCGAGGGAGCGUCGAGCUCGUGGAGCAGGCAGAGCCGUUCUGGAGCACGGUCCAGUUCAAGACACCGAAGCCGUACUCGACUCGCGCCUUCCGCAUCGGCGACCAGGCCAAGCUGAAGAGCAAGAACCGCGGUUCCUGGUCAGGCGACGUCGCCGCCAUUGAGGAUGACGAAGCUCACCUUUGGACGUAUCUACAGAUUCGUGUACCAUCUGCAAGAGAUGGCAAGAUUUCGUUGAAAUCGGUGAGCAAUGUUCUUGUUACGGUUAAUCCUGUGGGUAGUCUGCUUGGAGUUUCUAGCAAAACAGAGAAGGGGGAUUCUGAUGGUGAAUAUACAAGGAUCAGAGUGGGAGUAAAUGGAUUUUCCAAAGUUGGUAGGAUUCUUGUCCAAAUGGGACUGCAGAGCAUUGACGUACAAGUUGUUGCUAUCAAUGACCCUACAAUGACUCUUGAUGAUAUGGUCAAUGCGUGGAAAAGCACAAACAUAAGCAUUGCAAAGAAGGAUCAUCAGACACUGAUCUUUGAGAAAAUGUAUUGUGAGAAAGACACUGGUGUGAAUGAGGGUAAGAAAAUUAAUGUUAAGGUUCUGUCAGAACAGAUGGAAGUCACUGUUUUCAGGGAACAAAAUCAAGUUCGUUGGGAACAAGUAAAUGUUGAAUUCGUGGUGGAAUACAGUGCUGUGCUCAAUAAUGAUAAGGUUCAGAUCUCUGACAAGAAUGAAAGCCUGAAUAAUUGCCUAAGAAAGCUUCCCACGGUGUUGGGUUCUUUUGGGUUGAAUGUGGAUGAAAGAAUCUUAAUCCCUCAUUUCUACGCAGGGGAGAAUUCAAGAAGAGAUUCCAGCUUUUCUAUUAUUACCAGAAGCACAGCUGCAACCAAGGCUGUCUGCAAGGUUUUCACUGAAUGGGAUGAACAACCCGCAAGCUUGCUUUUUCAUGCAAAUGCUGUUGUGGAUAGGUCUAUUGAUGUGGACAGUUCAAGUGUUGAUCUGAGAGUCAUUUUAGAGGAGGGUAGCGGCACUAACAGUAUUGCUGGAAGUAUAUAUAGGUUCUUCUGUGCUGAUGAGGAGGAGGUUAAGCGCCGAGUGAUGCGUAUCUUCAGCUGGUGUGUGGAUAUUGUCCGCUGUGUGCCGGUAGGAGGCUGUCAAUUGGAGUUAAUCUAAAGCUGUGUCUGCGCCUUGGGCGUGUCUGCGCCACUGGCAGGAAGUCUUGUCAUGAAACAGUUGCUGUUGAUGCAGUGUAGAGAUUUAGUGGAUUGGGAAAUCGUAUCUUUGUAGUUCUGUCCCCGGCAUCUCCCUUUUGGUGUUUCUGAUAUUACAUUGGUGCUGAAUCCGUCGAGGGAUUGACACGGUUCUGUCCCUGUUGGGGAUCCCAUCUGUUGUUUCUGAUAGUAACCAUUCAAGCAGUGGAUUGCUUAAUGACCCUUUUUGUAACAUGUAACUGUAAAUGUCUAAUCUGUUUUCUUGUCCUGCAUGCCAGGAGCUAUGUGACACUCAUGCAGAAUAGUUUGAAUGAUAAAGCAAAAAAUCAGUGCCUUAUAUUGAUUUCA